AUGCGGGAGUUGGUCGCAGCAGAAACAAGCAAACAGAGUCCCAGAGUAUUGGCGUUUCCAAUGUUUUACGACGAUGAUCAAGGACGUGCCGCCUUCAAUCAAUACUGGGCAAGGGUGCAAGAGAGAAAGGCAGAGCCUCUCAUUCUGGACCUACUGUAUCGGUAUGGUGCAGCGCAGAGGCAACUCGAGGCUGCGAUGGAUUCGUUCAAGAAAAGUGCUCGAGCAGCUUUCGACCGAUUGGGUGAGCUAAAAGUGCUCCUUCUAGUCGCCAAUGGUGAUAAUGACAUGGUGAUCCCGACAAGCCAAAGCUGGGAGCUCAUCAUCAAUUCUCGUGAUGGUCAUGAGUUUAUCUGGCAAUAA